AUGGCGCCAAGCGCCACUUCGACCACCGCGAGCACUUCUGACUCAGUGCACAAGUCUGACAGCAGCAAUAAUGCCAACAACGCAGCGGCUUCAACCAGCGCGCAACGAGGCUCCGAUCGGCCAGCAUACCUCCAGUCGCUCUCUGCAUCGCAAUACGCGGCUGCUACCCACUCGCCGACAUCAUGCCUUCAAAUUCUAGCAGGUCCAGGCUCGGGCAAGACGCGAGUGCUCACAUCUCGAGUGGCAUGGCUCAUCCUCGACCCGGCCAACCAGCUCAAACCUGAAGACAUCCUGGUGGUCACCUUCACCAACAAGGCCGCCAAUGAGAUGAAGAUGCGUCUCGUCAAGCUCAUCGGUAAGGAGCGCGUCGAUAAUCUUGUCAUUGGGACUUUCCACUCGGUCUGUGCUCGGUACUUACGCAAGUACGGCAGACUUAUUUCGCUCCCCAACAACUUCACCAUCAUUGACUCGGACGACGCAAAACGCAUGUUCAAGGCCAUUCUCAAGGAGCUCAAACCGGACAUCGACAAGGAGCAUCUCUCCAUCAAACCAGAGCAAGCCAUGUCCGAGAUCUCGAAAGCAAAGGCAAAGGAGAUAGACCCCGUGCGGUACCGGCAGCUGGCAGAGCAGGAAGCGGCUAAGGGCGAUUCCCGACGAGCCGCGAUUGGAAGAAAACUCCUAGGGUCAGCCCCGUUCAAGCAGAUCAUUGCCACCAUCUACUUUAUGUACCAGCAGCAGCUCGUCGACGCAAAUGCCUUGGACUUUGACGAUCUGCUCGUGUACGGCGUCCAGCUCUUUCGUCAGCAGAACCAGGUGGCGCGCAACAUCCGGCAUGUGCUCGUCGACGAGUUCCAGGACACAAACAUCACCCAGUACGAGCUCAUGCGGCUGGUCGCCACCGCCUCCCAAGCCGUCAGCAUUGUCGGCGAUCCGGACCAGAGCAUCUAUGGCUGGCGUAGCGCAGAGAUAGGCAAUCUCGACAAAAUGACGAAGGAAUUCAAGGGGACACAGCAGGCGCGCCUCGAAGAAAACUAUCGCAGCACCGGCGCCAUUCUCGAGCUUGCACUCAAGGUGGUCCAGCAGGACACUGCGCGCGUCGACAAGGACCUCUUUACCUCACAUCCUCGUGGGUUGCCCGUCGUUCUCAAGUGCCACGGCUCGGCACAGCUCGAGGGCGCUUACAUUGCAUCCGAAGUCAAGCGUCUCAUUGCUCAUUCCGGAGGCAUGCUUGACUUCAACGACUUUGUCAUCUUGCUUCGAUUCAACUACCUUUCUCGUGCCAUCGAAGCCGAGCUGCAAGCCAGAGGCAUCGACUCGAGGAUGAUGGGCGGACAUAAGUUCUUCGACCGAAUGGAGGUCAAGGACUUGCUUGCCUAUCUGGCGCUUGCAGACAAUCCGGGCUUCACCCCGGCCUUUAUCCGCGUCGUGAAUGUACCCAAACGAGGUAUCGGCGAGAAAAGCGUCACAGAUCUUCUCAACAUGGCCAAGCAAGAAGGCUGCAAGCCCAUGGAGCUCGUCGAACGAGUGGUCCAGGGAGGCAAGAAUCCAGGCAUUAAGCCAGCCAUGAAGAAGGGGCUCAAGGAUCUUGUUGAAGCUGUAGAGGCGGUGCGACAGGCAGCGAGAGCAGGCACGCCCGUAGCACAACUGAUCGAGACACUCAUUGAAAAGAUCAACUACGAGAACUACCUCAAGGCGCAGCCGGACUACGAGGCACGGUGGGGCAAUGUGCAGGAGCUUAUCUCGUUCUCCACCAUUGUGGCUCAGAACACUGCGUAUGCUGACGGCAAUGCUCCGUCCAUCCCCGUCGAGGAGAUCCUCUCGCACACUCUUUCGAAUCAGGAAGGAGCAGAUACUGGGAAGAAGGCACGGUAUGAAAGCGACGGCGAAGAUGACGAGUUUGAAGAGGUGGACAUCAAGCCCGCGCGUCCCACGGAUCCUCACAAACCUUCGACACAUCCUUUCUUCAACAAGCAUGGGGCUGCAAAGCGCCGCCCCCAGCCGUUGCCAUUGGUCAAAGGCGAGGUGAUCGACCUGUGUGAUUCAAGCGAAGAGAAUCAGGAAGCAGUUAGGCAGGCCGAAAGCAAGCCUGGUCCAUCGAAGAAGCGUCGCACCACGAAGGCCGAGACCGCCUUCGACGAAGAAGCGAGUGCCGACGAGGACGGUAACGAACCCAAAUCAAUCCUCCUGUCAAAGCUGGACGAAGUUGAGGACAGGGUCGCUCACAUGGAAGAAGAUGAGGGAGAGGGCGACGGAGGAGAGGAGAAUAAGACGCCACUUCGUGUGUUCUUGGAGGCAUCGAUCCUGGCAACGGAUAUGGAUGCAGAGUCAGACGACAAGGACGAAAAGAAGAAGCCCAAAGUGACGCUCUCGACCUGUCACGCCGCCAAAGGUCUCGAGUGGCCGGUGGUAUUCAUCCCUGCUAUCGAAGAAGGCUGCUUCCCGUCGUUCAGAUGCGAGCGACCCGACGAGAUUGCCGAAGAGCGCCGUUUGCUCUACGUCGCCAUGACGCGCGCGGAAUGCAUGUUGUACCUCACCCAUGCCACGGCACGAAUGCAGGGAGGCGAUACACAGGACAAGAUGCUCAGCAAUUUUGUCGCUUCUAUUGCGUCCAAACAGGACGGAGGAUCCUGUGACGCCAAGAAGGCGAUCAAGUUUUGCACAUCGCGUCCCGAAGUCGACACGGACGCGGUCAAGACCAUGGCAGGAGUGACGGGUAAAGCGCUGCCUAGCGAUGCGAAAAUCAAGGAAGCGAUUACGGGAUGGGAAAAGAAGUCAGGCAAGGAGGUGCAGCAAGUGGAUCAGAUGAACAGCGGUCGCAUCACUGGCUUCGGUACGUACUCGAGCUACGGUGGGGCGGGCGGGUACACAUCGGCUGGCGUGCACAGCGGUGCUACGGGAGGUUGGAACUCGCAGAUGGGUUUUGGUCUGUACAGUGACGAUGGUCUUCGCUCUGCAUCAAAUGCCGGACGCCAAGGUGCAGGGCAGAACAGUGGCGAAGUCAAGAAAAGGCUCGGGUUCGUGCCGCCGAGUCUCGGCAGCUUUUCGUCUGCUGUGGACGGCGAUGCAUCUCCUCCGCUUGCGUAUUCCGGGUUUCAGCGCGCCUCUUCUCUUGGAGGAGGAGGAGACCCAAGUCGAGCUGGCGGUAAUGUGAUUGGAGCCUUUUCCAAUCGCUCCGAAGCGCCGACCCCGUUCGGUGCAGGCGGAAGACGCAAGCAGCCACUGGUACCGCCCUCUCGUCAGCCGGCAGCAACACCGCCAGCUCCACCGUCAUUUACGGAUGCUGUACGCCUCCGAGCGCGUCCUGAAGACUCGGUGGCGCUGGCACGUGAAGAUGGAACGGCUCCACGUCCGCGCGCUGACCUCAACAGUUUCCAGCAGGCUCACUCGCAGGGGAUCAGCAGUAUUCUCAAUAUGCUGCCCGCAAACUCGGGGCCGACAGCAGGAGGUCCGGGAGGUGGAUCGCGUAACUCGCCCAUUGUAAUCGGAAGCGGCGGCGACACGAACGGUUCAGACGGGUCGUCGUCUGGUCGUGGCUCGAGCAACGGUAGUCAGAAUAAGGCCAUGACGAUCGACGCGGUUUCCCUUGCACCCACGUCCACCGCGGCCCCCACCGCCUCCGACCCGCUAAGCAGCCCUCUGCACCAGACCACCCCGCUCCUCCACUCCCCCCACCUCAGCAGCCGCACAGGUCACAACGUCUACCUCAAACUGGACUGCGACCAGCCGUCGGGCUCGUUCAAGAUCCGCGGCAUCGGCGCGAUCUGUCAACAGGCCAUCUCCACCUACGGAGCUGCGGGCACGCACCUCGUCUCGUCAUCCGGCGGCAACGCAGGGCUGGCGGUGGCGUAUGCCGCAAGCAGGGCGGGUGUGGCGUGUACGAUCUACGUGCCUGUGACGACAGAGGAAGAGGUGGUUGAGCGGUUGAGGGGCGAGGGGGCGAGGGUGGUGGUGGGGGGCGAGGCGUGGGAUGCGGCCGACGCGGCGGCGAGGGCGGAGGUGGAGAGGAUGCGGGAGCUGGGCGGGAAGGGAGCGGUGUACGUGCAUCCAUUCGAGGGGGAGGCAUUAGUGGAAGGGCACAGUGGGCUGGUGGACGAAGUGUACGCCCAGCUGCCUUCGAUUGAUGUGCUCAUCAGCUCCGUCGGCGGCGGCGGACUGCUUCGCGGCAUUAUCAAAGGUGUCGAACGUCAAGCUGGUCCACCGCCGACACUGGUCGCAGUGCAAAACUUCGGCGUCGACUCGUUUAACCGCUCCAUCGACCACUACUCCACCAACCCAACCCCGAGUCUGCCCAACGACGUCGUAGCACUCCACGCAAUCGAGAGCAAAUGCACCAGCAUGGGCACCAAGAAAUGCUCACUCACCACCCUCCACGACGCCAUCUCCUACUCUCGAAACGGUGAAAUCAUCACCCUCACUGUCACCGACGACCUCUCCGCCUCCGCCUGCUGGCAGUUCAGCGCGCAUUCGGAGUCCGAUCUGGGUGCAGAGAGGAUGGUCGAGCUCAGCUGUGCGUCGGCCUUGACGCCUGUUUUCCAUCCGUGGAUUUUGGAGCGGAUCGUGGAGGGCUCGGAGAAAUUGCAAGGAAAAGUGCGGGAGAACGGGAGGCUAAACGUGGUGGUAGAGGUGUGUGGUGGCAGUAAGGUUAGUAAGGGGCUGUUGGAGGGGUACAAGGUGGAGGCAGGGUUGAUGGAGCGAAGGGAUCGGGUGAGGGUCAGUGGUGUAGACUAUCCUGCUUCGACUUGA